UUGGAACGGUCUGGUCGGGAUCACCAUAUAAACCUCCGAGAGAGGGUGUGCUGAGAAGUGUUUGAUUUUGUGCGUUUAGUUUCCUUUUUUGUUGUUUUGGUGGAAAUGUGAAACAUUUUAACAACAUUUUACGAAAAUGUCCCGCCAAACUGCCAGUGUAUCUGAAUAUGAGUGCCAGUGAAAUAAAAUCGAAAUAUAGUUCAACAUACACAAUCUCUCUAACUGCACUUCUCGUCAUAUUUUGGUCUCACGGUACAACGCUAGCCGCUAUUCCGACGGUCCAGCCGGAACCGAGCAGCACAAAUUAUGGAGCUGGUUACUAUAAAACUGAAUUCAAGAGCAGCAGGGACGAGAAAGAUUCCCAUUUGCAGCAAUUGGCCAACGAGCUGCAAGGGAGGACUCUCAAUGUCACAACGUUAGAGGAUUGGCCGCUAAGCUACACCGAACGUAUCAAUGGAACCUUAUUUGGACGUGGUGUAGCUUUCGAGCUGCUCGACUUUCUUAUGGAGAAGUUCAAAUUCAACUAUACACUAGUCAUGCCGGAGCAUAACAUCGUUGGCUCCACCACAGACAUGGAGGGCAGCAUCAUCGAACUGCUAGCGACAGGAAAGGCCGACAUCGCGGUAGCGUUUCUGCCAAUUUUGUCCGAUGCCCGACAGCACAUAUUCUACUCGACCGGGCUGGACGAAGGCGAGUGGAUGAUGAUUAUGGUGCGACCAAUGGAAUCGGCCAGUGGUUCUGGCCUGCUGGCUCCCUUCGACUCAGAUGUGUGGAUCCUGAUCCUCAUAUCGCUUCUGGCCGUUGGUCCGAUCAUUUACGGGUUACUAAUUCUGCGGUUCAAAAUGACGAAGGAUAACGAACAGGUCAAAUAUACACUACCCCACUGUGUGUGGUUCGUAUAUGGUGCACUGAUGAAACAAGGCAGCACAUUGUCACCAACAGGAGAUUCUACCCGAAUUCUAUUUGCCAGCUGGUGGAUUUUCAUCACAAUACUCACAUCGUUUUACACGGCUAAUCUAACUGCUUUCCUAACGUUAUCCAAAUUCACGCUACCAAUCAACAAUGCAGAAGACGUCCGCCGAAAGGAGAAACAAUUUGUCACAAUCCGUGGAAAUGCCGUAGAGUACGCCAUCAAGAACAGCGAUGAGGCCCUGAACUCGUUGAACAUUUUGGUGGACAAACAUUUGGUCGAGUUCACAUCCAACCUUAACGACAGCGACAUUCUCCUGACGACUGUGGCCAAGAAAAACUUCGUUUAUGUCCGGGAUCGACCAGCCAUUGGGCACUUGGUGUACAACGACUAUCUAGUGCGAAGGAAGGUCAACCCCAUAAACGAACGAAGUCACUGUCCGUUCGCUACAGCAUCGAAACCUUUCCUGACGCGGGUACGUGCCUUCGGUUAUCCGAACACCACCCGAUGGAAUGCGUUGUUUGAUCCUCAGCUUCUCAAUAUGGUUGAGGGAGGUCUCAUCAAGUUCAAACUUCUGGAAAAUUUGCCGAAAGCGGAGAUUUGUCCUCAGAAUCUGGGCGGCACCGAACGUCAGCUGAAGAAUCGAGAUCUAGUGAUGACAUACUUGGUAAUGGUGACUGGAUUCGCGACGGCAAUCGUUGUUUUCGUAUCGGAGAUGUUCUUCCGAAUACUCAACGAGCGCAAGCUAAGCAAGAAACAGGAAGCCAACCGUUAUGGUUCGAUGGAGAAAAUUAUAAGUAUCAACAAAGCGAUCGUUCACGGUGGCUCACCACCGCCACCAUACGCAGAGAUCUUUAGCCGACAUACAAGUAGAGCGAACCUAUCCGGAGGCGAAACCGUCGGAAGUGUCGGAUCACGCAAAAUAAUCAACGGCCGCGACUAUGUGAUCGUCGGGUCACAGCUGAUUCCGAUUAAAGUCCCAUCUGCGGCCAUCUUUCAGUAUACGUACACAAAUUAGUAUUAAUGAAACCUAAAGCGAAUACCCAAAAUAGCUUGGUUAAAGUUUGUCCAUUUGAAGCGCUCAACAUUGCAGUCAUAUCACUCUAGCUAUCUAGUUCAGAUGAAAACCAAGCGAUUCAAAACAUCACAAAACAAAACAAAAUCGUAUAAUCAAAUAGUUCAUAACAGAUUGGAACCGAAGUGCUCAAUCGAUUGAGGAAACGUUGGAUCACCGUUAAUAUUCCGUUAUAUCUUUGAAGUCGUGAAGCUUUUCAACCGUUAUUUUGUUCUUCUUCUUCUUCUUCUUCUGAAAUCUUAUUACCGAUCCACAAGGAUUUAGAACUUGAUUGAAAUAUAAGAGUUUUAGGUUGAGUGACCAAAUUUUUUUUAUGGAAAAAUUCUACAGCCAAAAUUGAAAUUCCAUCAACAAGUCCACGUGGCACACCCAAUGCUCCCAUGUAAAAAAAACCUCAGAGUCGUCGCCAUCGCGCCUUUUUUCGGGUACUCAUGGAAAAAAAAUUCCAUAAGUACCCGAAAAAACGCGCGACCAAAGAAGAUUUUGAUCUUUUAUAACCGGAUGGAUUUUCCACUUCACGAUACAAAUGAAUCCACGACGUGAGGAGAGAGAAAAGAAAAAUAUUGAAACGAUGUAGUACACAGCUGUUUAACUGCAAAAUUAGUCUUAGUAAAUUCAUCUAAGAUGGAUCCCUGUUAGUAAUUAGUUUAAAUCAAAUCGAAAUUUUUCGUUUGACAUAGUGCUUUUAGUUCAGCUGCUUCGUAAACAGUUUUCACAACUUGUAUAUGCUAUGUAUUAGAUCUUAGGUGUGUUACAUCAUAUCUGAUAAAUUAAAUAAAACAUGUUACCAAUAUUACCCAAUAUUUAUAAUUAAAUAUAGAAAAAAUGUUACCUAAGCUCAGAUUACAUAUCCCAAUUAGCAGAAACUAUAAUUAUAUGGAGGCGCUGGAAAAAAACAAGCCACUCGUAUUGACUAAUAGUCUAGCGUGUAAAACGCUAACACGUAGAUGCACAGGAUGUUACAUGUACACAAAAACUAACACAAAAGCAAUGUAUUUCUAAAAAUACAAAAAAAAACAAAAAACAAAAAAAUAUCAUGUAGGGACCACUAAGAUUUCAUCCCGAAAAGGCAACCGUGAUAGCUCCAAGGGUGUACCUCUUGGUGAAAUAACUGUAAUCACCUGGCUUGUACAAUUGAAAGAUACAGAGGUAUUGCAACAAUAUUAGAAGAGUGAAUACGAGUAUAUCUGUAUAAAUGACUGCAAUCUAACGACUAUCAUAAUGACAAACAGGAAAAUCUAAACACUUGAAAGCUUAACACCUGAACGAAAAAUUAAACGUUAUUAUCUCCAACCUGAUUUUCUGCUACAUCAAGUUUUUUUUCCUUGAUUUUUUUAUUCUCUUCGACCUCUGUCCUACAGACAAACUGUAGGUUUAAAUCAUAGGAAGGCUCGUUAAUUCCCUUCCCGUCAACCAAACAGGCUUAACGCGUUUUUUUCGAGUCUCACAGUUCUAAAUACAGCGAUCCGUCGGAGCCACAUAGACUAAAAAGUUUUGAGCCUAGAACAAUAAACGAAUUGAAAAUUUAAAACAAAAUUGUUUUCCAAUUGAUAUUAAAUGCGCUGGUCUGACUUUACGGUUUUUUGAUAAAAAGGACAUUCGCUUGAAACAUAAAAUUUACUGCUUUUUUAUUCAAAGUGUGCCACAACCUUGACCCAUCUUUCAGACAAUAUCCAUGCUGGCAGAAGUCCGAUUGUUUCGAACGAAUCAUUUAUUGGACCAAUUUUUGAUUCAACCAAAACAAAUAAUAAUCUGAGGAAGCAAUGUUUGUGGACCUCUAUCUAUCACUCGUGAACUUUUAACUUUAAUCACAACAUUUGCGAAACCGUACCACCGAAAUUCUUUCGUUCGAAACUCGAUUUCUUUUAUUCCGUGUUUCUGUCAAAACAAACAAAACGGAACUGGAAACAGUCAGUACCGCGAACUUACAUCAGCACCGAGUAGUAGGGUCCUAUAAGUCAACAGUAAAAAGUUUUUGUAAAAAGUACAUUGAUCUGUUUGUUUUCUAUCAUUCAAAUUACGUAUCAUUUGCAGCUGUCCCCCCUCACCUUUUUUUCAAGUAUUCACAUAGCAUAUGGAUAGUGUUUUAGUACUUUGAAGUUAUUGUAACAAACUGUCAUUAGUUUUUCUCAAGGUGUCGGUGUUACCUGCACUCCUAUUUGUUUCACCGAAAAGCAUAAUUUUUUGUAUUCUAUCAAAAUUAGAGUUCUACCUAAUAAAUGACGAACAUAUUCUGUAGCAUGGACCGUGUAGAGUUUGAGAGAAGAUUUGAUAACGAUUUGAAGUCACAGAAACAUGGAAGGCCUUGAGAAUAUGUGGAAAUCCAUAGGGUGGUAAACAGCAAAUUUUGACGCGACCCUCUUCAAUUUUGAGGAAGCUUGGUACACAGGAUGGAAGCUACCUAAAACCAAUGUUUUAUAAUCAUAUGACCAAUUUACAUUAGGACUGAUUUCUAAAAAGGGUGUAUUCAAAAUAAUUGAUCUUUCUUUCUAAAAAUCGUUAAUGAAAAUCCAAAUGUCCGAUUAAAAUAUGAUGUUUGACAAGAUUGUUGGAAAAUAAAUGAACCAUUUAGGAAAGAUAAUAUUAAAAAAAAACAUGCUCAAAAAUUGAAUCGAUGGCACUGCGUUCCCCACUUCGAGACGAUAAUAUUUGGCUACUCGUUCAGUUUGAUCGGAUGGUUUUUAGUGUCAAGAUGUACAAUUUACAAGAACGUGUAUUUCUAGUGUAAUCGUAUUACUCGAACAACUGAAGCCUUAAUGAAACUUUGUCCUGUUUUUAUAGCAAAAUAGCACCUGCAUUUUUUAUAUCAAUGAAACAAAUCCUCUUUGCAUUGGCGUUACUCAAACAACUCUAUUUCGGUUGCGCGUCACAGACAGAGUAAAUUUGCCAUCACCAGCGAAAUUAAAUUGAAGAUUUUUUUUAAAAUGGUGCUAUAACUUCGCAGGGUACAAAUUUCCCGCGGAGCACCAUUUGAAACCUCCUGCCCUACAGAAUAAAAGAAGCAAAUCAUAUUCCCAGUUUUUUUUAAACGAGAAUGACGGUCUAUCAGAAGUAACUCAUUUCAACUGCAGGAGUUACAUCGCUCAAGAACAUCAUCUGACAUCAGCUUUUUAUUGGAUUGGUCACGACAUUUCCCGGAAGAAGUUUACUGAGCUGAGCUCGCUGGUCGGAAUCGUACCUGAAGGAUAGAACGCUACAAGUCAAAAUAGGUUCGUCACUGUUCUCGUGAACAAAACUUCCCAAAAGCAGAGAGAACAUGAUGACUUUCAGCAUUGGAAAAUGUGUCAUGAUAUCAUUCCAUCGGAAACUGUGUCGUGAGGUUUCCAGUUUGACUUUUACUGAAUGGGAGAAUUUUGAAAAUAAACAAUUUGUUCACGAUUUAUUAGAUAAGAAUUGAGCCAGUUUAAGGGUCCUUGUUACAUUCCAAUUUUCCGCUAUAUGAAGAGUGGUAAUGCAAUGUCUUUGGCGUUUCUGGAGAAUAUGUAUCAGGAUCGCGGCUAACUAAGGUAUGUCGGAUGAAUUUCAAGUUCUAAGUUUGUCUACAAUUUGCUCCAGUGUUCAGAAUAAAUGAAAAUGUGCAACACGGAACCGGGUACACGACCGGACAACAUGCGAUGUCAUGACAGCCAUAGAAUGCUUGCUGCAAGUCCAAUGCAAUAAAGUUGCGCGUUAAGGUUAUGGUGAUUGGACACGAGCCAGAAUAUUGAUUACAUGGUAGAUGGUAUUCAUUUAAAUUUCUACCCGCGGGUAUUAGACUAAACGAAGGUUUUCUCAAUCGAUUGACAACUUUAUAAAAACAGUGAAAUAUAAAAGAACAAGUAAAAUACAAAGUAAAUCCCAGAAUAUAGUUUUACACUUUUUAGCAUCAUGUCGGCUACCAAAAUACGCAACUGUAAAAUAUCAACUUCUUUAAAAAACUACUUUAGAAAAACCAUUUCGACCAAACUUACUGACAAUUGUAAGACAAAAAUGUAGCGGGAAUUUGUUUCAUUCAAAUCAAAUAUAAAACACCAAGCAUUUCCGCUCGUGGAAUGUGGCAAGCACCAAAUUGCGUUUUCUCCAAUCUCUAUGUAUAACAAACAGUAUUUAUAUCCAUCAAUAUCUAAAAGUGCUACACGAACACAACACAAAUGUUGCAAUUCAUCUCACAUCACAAUUCUGACGAAUGCCUGCAGUCGCCGAGUGGACCAACAAUUUCUCUACAGUCCGAACAGUGCCUUCAAAUCGUCAAUCGACAGUUUGCUGCCGGUAUGUUUGGUUCCCGUGAGAACUUCAUCCGCAAUUCCGAGCUUCUUUUCCUGCAACAUUCGGAUGGCCUGCUCGACAGUGUCCGAACACAUGAACCUGUGAAGAGAAGGUAGGUAAACAUUAAUAAUUUGUACA